AUGGAUUACUCAAACUCAGGUACAGCUAAUCAUGAUACGAGGAGGAUAAGUCAGAGCAAUUUUUUUCACUUACCAGAUGACGAUGAAUAUAAUUGUAUCAUGAAUAUUGAUCAUGACCCACAACAACAAGAUCAGGUUAACUUUGGAGAACCAAGUUCAGUACUUGGUUUAACACUGAGAAAAACUCCAUCGUUCCUGGAACGGAUUGACCAGUUAUCUCAAUGGACUAACAACAAUUCAUGUGACUCGCUUUAUCAUAAUGAAAGAAUGUCCAGCAGCUCUUCGGUACAACCGAUGCCGUGUCAGAAAAUGAAAGCUUCAAAUUUUAAUGCUACGUUGCUUAGAAUUGGCUCUUGGGUGAGGGUAGCUAAAUAUGAAGGAGAUUUGGUUGCCAAAUGUUACUAUGCUAGGAAAAGACUAGUAUGGGAGGUUUUGGAAGGCGGUCUAAAGAGUAAAAUCGAGAUUAAAUGGUCGGAUAUAUCAGCGAUAAAAGCUGUUUUCCAUGAAAACUAUCCAGGGGUACUUGAGCUAGAGUUGUACAAUCCUCCCUUGUACCAAAGGGAAAUAAAUCCAGUCGCAGGAAAACAUACUCGAUGGACAAACUCACAUGAUUUUACAGGCGGACAUGCAACAAACUUCAGGAGGCAUUGUCUUGAGUUUCCAGAAGGAACCCUUGAAAAGCACUAUCAGAAAAUCCUUCAGUGUGAUAGUCGGUUGAAUAUGUUGAGCCGAAAUCCUUUUCCUUCUUCAAACUCAGCUCUCUUUAUGUAUAGUCAAAAUACUUACCCAGAUUUUAGUGGAAAUCAAUCAACCAUGACGCAAUAUCCUCCUCCGUUAGACUUUCGAAGACCUAUUCCAUAUCCUCAUUGGCAAGAUAACAAUCUCCAUUCAAUAGCAACCAGACCACCGGUUUCCAGAAAUCAAAUGUCACGAACGCCUCAAGGCAUGAGUGUCCAACUUAUGGAUCAAGGUUUUCGAAACUUAGGAGUUCAACAACCGAUGCAUAUGGCUUCAUAUUUAGAUCAAAGGACAACACAUGAAAAUGUGUAUAACAGGCCAGGAGCUGGAGGAAAUCAAGUUCAGGAUCCUUCUUAUUUUUGUCAUACGAACCAACCUUAUAUCCUGCAUCAACAUGAUUCGUCCUCAGAAAUUUCAAAUGAACCAGCCGGGUCGAAUGAAGUUGUCCGCAUUGUUAACCAUUUGUUGUCUGAUGAGCAACCUGCAACAACUGUGGAUCCCCUCAAUGAGCACCCAACUUUAUUAGCAAGAAUAAGGUCUUGGAGUGAUUGCCUCAGUUGUUUAGAUUUCACACAUGGGGAUGCUUACAGUUCUAUGGAGCCAGCUUAUGCCGAAGAACCAGAAUUUAUGGUCCAGCCAACUCUUCCUAUAAACUUUGAACUCCCUACUGAAGAUUUUGUUUUCGGGAGAACAACUUGCUCUUGGAUAAAUGUGAAGCUUGUGGAAAAUGGAGAGGACUACCCAAACUUCCAAUCUUGGAAACUAGGACUUAGGAGUUGCUUAUUAGGUACCCUGUACAGACCAAAGAAAAUUCAAGCAGAUAUAGAUAUUUAG